GGGCAGCAGCCGGCGGUCGGCCAGCGAGCCGCGCCUCUGGGUGCCCCAGCAGGGCACUGCGCCACCAGCUGGUCAGGGGAAGACGCGACACUCCGUCGCCGUACCUGUGCUGCCGGUUGCCAUCUGUGGUCCUUACGUGUGCGUGGCACCCACAGCGUCAAAACCAGCUGUUCAUGGAACUUCCAAAGCUGAUCAAAUUCACCGGACGCAAAUGCAUAGGUCUGGCGAACAAAUGCAGCGUAACUACCCCGGUGUCUGCCAUGUGGACACGCAGCAGAUACGUCUGCUGCCGCACGCCAUGCCGGUGUUACUGUUGUGCAGAGUUGGAAUGGCUCCUGCUCGCCAGUGGGUAGCGCCGUCUGCUGGCGCACCGGUUGAGACUUCGGCUGGCAGAGGUGAAACGGCACAUAAAUGGACCCACACAGAGGCUUCGCAGUCAUCGGGCCGCAGAGAUCCGUCCCGGCGCAGCUCCAGCGGAGACAUCGGCCAAGUGGAACACACAGCGACAGCAAGCAAAGUCCAGCGUAGUCGUACACGAACGCUUCCCGGCAAUUUCGCACAGCUGGAGAAAUCUUGGACUUGUAAUGCCGGCAGUCAAGUAAAGUCGCCAUCCAAAAACAUUCGUUUAUGACGAGCAGAUCAGAAGUAUCACGCAAGAGCGGCCUCUGGGGACGAUCGAUCAAUCAGCUGAGAGUACAAGAAAAGUAACUUUUAAGCAACAGACAUUAUUUUGGAUAACAACCAGAAUGUAAAAAAGAUUGAAGUAUCGUGAUGUUACUAAAGUCCUAGUAACAAUUUUAUUUUGGUCCCACACUCCUCUUCCUAUGUAUGCCGACGUAGAGAGAACGGGUUUAGCUUGGAGUUAAAAACACAUGGCUAAUUACAUCAUGCUGCUACUAAAACGUUUAGUACUGUGUAUACCAGAUCCCAUUUUUCUGCUACAAUGAGUUAUCGGUUCGAUGAAGAUGAUAAAUACUCAUACUAAAGUAUACGCUUAGUUUUUAAAAAAAACUAGUCCUGAAAUACAAUCGUUAAGGAUUUUUAACACGGAAUUUUUUUCUAAUGGCGUGUCGAACAGAGGUGAAGGUAUAUCAAAGACUCAACGCUCAUACCACAUUUCUGCAGU